AUGCAGGCGGGCCACACGCCUAUCAUUGUACUGAAUGGAUUCCAGGCAGUGAAAGAGGGACUCAUCACUUGUGAAGGAUUAUCGGAGAGGGCAAUAACACCCCUUUUUGAAGACCUUAUUAAGAACCGAGGCGUUAUAUUUUCCAACGGUCAUGUGUGGAAGCAGCAAAGACGUUUCGGGUUAACCACCAUGAGGAAACUGGGCAUGGGGAAGUCGAUGGCAGAGCUGUGGGUGCAAGAGCAGGCCUCUCAGUUGGUGGAGUACUUUGCCCUUCAGAAAGGUAGGCCAGUGGACCCUUGGGAAUGCCUCUUGCAUUCAGUUUCCUCUGUGAUUUGCAAAGCGGUUUUGGGACACAACUUUUCCUUUGGAGAUAAAAAGAUACCUGAGAUAUAUCAUUCCAUGGAUGACAUAAUACAAUACGUCGCUCAUCCCCUUCACUUUCUUUAUUUCGUCCCUCCGAAAUGGAUGAGUCGUAUUAUCGGACCUCCGAGAAAACUUUUCAAUGCCUUUCAGGCUGCUAUUGCAUUUGCAAAGGAAGAGAUUAGAAACCAUGAGAAAAAAGGGCGCUCAGAUGACCCACAAGAUUUCAUAGACUUCUACCUGAAUCAAAUGGAUAAGAGCAAAGAUGAUCCCACCUCUACAUAUAAUGAAGGCAACCUGACUAUAAGUAUAACAGACUUGAUUGGGUCAGGGGUAGAUACCACGGCGAUUUCCUUGUACUGGACAUUGCUAUAUAUGGCUGCUUACCCGAAUAUCCAAGCUAAUAUCCAGAAAGAGUUGGAUGAUGUUUUGGGACCCUCCCACGUAAUCUGCUAUGACGACCGGAAGAAGCUGCCUUACACGAACGCGGUCAUUCAUGAGGUCCUGCGUUUUAGCUCCAUCAUUAGCAGCACAUUCCGACAGUGCACGAAGGACAUGGUUGUGCAAGGCUUUCUUAUCAAGAAGGGCACUAUUGUCUCAGUAAAUUUACGUACUGCCAUGUUUGACCCUGAGUACUGGGAGACCCCUGAUCAGUUCAACCCAAAUCACUUCCUGGAUGAGGACGGCAAUUUUUCCUGCAGGGAAGCCUUUAUUUCCUUUUCAGCAGGGCACCGUGUGUGCAUGGGGGAACAGCUAGCGAGGGUGGAGUUGUUCAUCAUCGUCAGCAGCCUUUUUCAGGCAUUUACGUUCCGGGCGCCCGAAGGUGUGCAAGAAAUGAAUCUGAACCGUGAGAUGGGCUUUAUAGUUCGGCCCCAUCGGUACACCAUCUGCGCUACUCCUCGCUAA